AUGAAAUCCUCUGCUUUUUUGGUUCUUGCAGCUAUGAAUGUUCUUGUAGAUUCUGAAAUAAAUUCGAAUUUGAAGUGAGUUGAACAUAUUUGAAAUCACUGAAAGAUGUUUUUAGAUGUGUAGAUGUUUCAAUGGAAUGCGAAUAUCGUGCUAGAUAUUGUUAUAAUCCAAAUUACACCGGAUUGAUGUUUAAAAUGUGUAGAAGUACUUGUGAUUGGUGCCAUACUUCUUUAGAUGGAGCGUUGAAAAGAGUUCGAAGACAAGUGAAAGAUCAGAGUUUGGAAUUUGAAGAUAUAGGCGAUUCACAAAAUUCAUCAGUGACUCCAACGGGUAAGUUUGUCAUCAAAUAUUUUCGGAGUGUUUGUACCCAAGGAAAUGAUCAAACUAAUUUUACGUUUCACUUCAUUUUUUAAUUCAAUAAAAUUCAGGCACAUGCAUGGAUCAUUCUCAAAAAUGUGAAGCUACAGCUGCACUUUGCACUUCGUCGAAUUAUCAAUCAAUAAUGGCAAUAAAAUGCCCAAAAACUUGUGGAGUCUGUUAA